AUGAACAACUUCAUCCUCCUGGAAGAGCAGCUCAUCAAGAAAUCCCAGCAGAAGAGGAGAACGUCACCCUCCAACUUCAAAGUCCGCUUCUUUGUCCUCACCAAAACCAGUCUGGCCUACUUUGAGGAUCGUCCGGGGAAAAAGCGGACCCUCAAGGGCUCCAUCGAACUCUCGAGAAUCAAGUGCGUGGAGAUCGUCAAGAGUGAUGUCAGCAUCCCCUGCCACUACAAGUACCCAUUCCAGGUCGUGCAUGACAACUACAUCCUCUACGUGUUCUCUCCCGACCGCGAGAGCCGGCAGCGCUGGGUGCUGGCGCUGAAGGAAGAAACGAGGAACAACAACAGCCUGGUGCCCACGUACCACCCGAACUUCUGGCUGGACGGGAGGUGGAGGUGCUGUGCCCAGCUGGAGAAGCUGGCCAUCGGCUGUGCCCACUACGAUCCCAGCAAGAACGCGUCCAAGAAACCUCUGCCCCCGACGCCCGAAGACAACAGAGUGAGUGAAGGCACACACAGCAGGCCGGAGGAGGCGCUGGUGGUGGCACUCUACGACUACCAGACCAGCGACCCGCAGGAGCUGGCGCUGAGACGCAACGACGAGUAUUUCGUACUGGACAGCUCGGAGAGACACUGGUGGCGGGUGCAGGACCGCAACGGACAUGAAGGCUACGUACCGAGCAGUUACCUGGUGGAAAAGUCUCCGAAUAACCUGGAAACCUAUGAGUGGUACAACAAAAAUAUCAGCAGAGACAAAGCUGAAAAACUUCUUCUGGACACUGGCAAAGAGGGGGCAUUCAUGGUGCGGGACUCCAGGACCCCCGGGACGCACACAGUGUCCGUGCUCACCAAGGCCAUUGGGAGCGAGAACAGCCCCUGCAUCAAGCACUAUCACAUCAAGGAGACCAGCGACAGCCCCAGACGCUUCUACGUGGCCGAGAAGUUUGUGUUCGAUUCCAUCCCCCUCCUCAUCAACUACCACCAACACAACGGAGGAGGCCUGGUCACUCGGCUCCGGCACCCAGUCUGCUCCUGGAGGCAGAAAGCCCCCGUCACGGCCGGGCUGCGCUACGGGAAGUGGGUGAUCGACCCCUCGGAGCUCACCUUCGUGCAGGAGAUCGGCAGCGGGCAGUUCGGGCUGGUGCAUCUGGGCUACUGGCUCAACAGAGACAGGGUGGCCAUCAAGACCGUCCGGGAGGGCGCCAUGUCUGAAGAAGACUUUCUUGAGGAAGCGGAAGUCAUGAUGAAGCUCUCGCACCCCAAGCUGGUGCAGCUGUACGGGGUGUGCCUGGAGCAGGCCCCCAUCUGCCUGGUGUUCGAGUUCAUGGAACACGGUUGCCUGUCGGACUUCCUGCGCCACCAGCGGGGCACACUGCAGGCGGGGGCGCUGCUGGGCAUGUGCCUGGACGUGUGUGAGGGCAUGGCCUACCUGGAGGAGGCGUGUGUCAUCCACCGGGACCUGGCUGCCCGGAACUGCCUCGUGGGAGAGAAUCACGUUAUCAAAGUGUCCGACUUCGGGAUGACCAGAUUCGUCCUGGACGACCAGUACACCAGCUCCACCGGGACCAAGUUCCCCGUCAAGUGGGCGUCCCCGGAAGUCUUCUCCUUCAGCCGCUACAGCAGCAAGUCAGACGUGUGGUCAUUUGGUGUGCUGAUGUGGGAAGUGUUCAGCGAAGGGAAGAUCCCCUAUGAGAAUCGGAGCAACUCGGAGGUGGUGGAGGAUAUCUCGAGCGGCUUCCGGCUCUACAAGCCCCGGCUGGCCUCGCCGCCCGUGUACCAGAUCAUGAAUCUCUGCUGGAAAGAGAAACCGGAAGACAGACCGCCCUUCACCGUGCUCCUGACUCAGCUGGGGGAAAUGGCAGAAUCGGGACUUUAGCGGGAAGCCAGCAGCCACGGUCUGGAUCCACGCCAGGGGCCCACCGGCCCUCCACAAAAGCAU